AUGUGGCUUGUUUCUUCAUUGGGUGUGAUAGAAGAAUUGUGAUCCACAUGUGGGAAGGCUGUGACUUUUGUCCUCAUCAAUCUCUUUCAAUUCUCCAGCAAAGAUCUUUGAUAAAGAUUAGAGAUGAUAACCAAUUAUGGAUGCAUGAUUGGUUAAGAGAUAUUGGAAGAAAUUUUAUACGAAGAGAGAGUGACAUGAAACCGGAGAAGCAACAAUGGGUGUGGACUUAUGAGCAAGCAUUGGAUGUUCUGGAGAAAACGCAGAAUGGAGGUGGUUUUCAUGGAAAUGAAAACAUUAGAGCAAUAUGUCUUGAGUUCGAUGAACAAUCUCGAUAUCCCUUCAUCAAAGAAUUCUUAGCUAGCCUUUCAAAUCUAAGGUACCUUCGAGUAGACAAAAAGUCCAUGUCUCAAGUGGAUAGUAAAGACUUCAAUGGAGACUUGAUGUCCAUCCUUACUCAAGCUGAUCCUUUCCAAUAUUACCAGAAUUCAAAUUUUCCUCAAACCAAAUUUGGCCGAUUUAAUCUCCUUUCAGAAUUGAGAUGGCUUUCAUGGGAUUACUUUCGUAUGGACUAUCAGCUGACCAGUUUCUCCUCGAGGAAGCUAGUAAUCCUUGAUUUAUUAAGGAGUAAAAUCACAGAAGAAUGGGCUGGAUGGAGUUACAUAAAGCUGGCUAGGAAUUUGAAGGUCCUAAAUCUAACUGGAUGCCAAGAAUUGCGUGAAACUCCAGACUUGUCUUCUAAUGUGAAUUUAGUACAGCUGAUUCUCGAAGGAUGUAGGAGUUUGGUUCGAAUCCAUCCAUCCAUUAGUCACCUUAAAAGGUUAGUCACCUUAAACUUGAAGGAUUGUUAUCAUCUCCACAUGCUACCUGAUGAGAUGGGGGAGCUAGAAUCUUUAGAGCAACUUCUUUUGGACUCUACAUCCAUAGAAGAGAUCCCUGAAUGGAGAAAGGCGAAGAAACUGAAGAUUCUCAGCUUGGUUGAAUGUAAAUCACUAAAAAAGUUCAAUUUCGUUGGUUGUGCGACAUCAUCGGUGGGAGUGGAUAGCUUUUUCACUCAACAACCUAAGUCGAUUGAAAAUUUCAAUUCACUAACUGAGUUGGAUCUAACGCAUUCAGCAAUUCCGGAGUUGCCUGAUUCAAUUGGAAACAUGAAGAAUUUAAGAGUAUUAAAGAUGCGCAACAGCUCUAUAUGAAAACUACCCAGUACCAUUGGUAUGUUGGAGAAGCUCGAAGAGUUAGAGGUAGGGGCAUUUGCAAAACUGAGAGGAGAGAUUCUCGAUAAUAUUGGGAAGCUACCAUUUUUGAGAAGAUUGCGGGUGAAUAUCUGUGGAAUUUCAGUGGCACCGCAGCUUCCAGAAAGUUUGAUAGAUCUACGUUUUGUUUCGACUUCGUUAAAGAUGUUGCCACUCUCGAACCUAUUAAACUUGGGAAUAUUGAAUGUGUGUUCUCCAAGUAUAACCACCCUAUUGCCCGAUAUCAGUUUUCUUUCUCAGCUGAAGAUACUCAUUCUCCACUGCAAGAAUUUGCAAUGCCUACCUAGGCUUCCGACAAAUCUGUCAUGUUUAUGGAUAGAAGAGAGUAAUAGGU